GUAACUCCAAGUUUUCCACCACAAGAAAUUCUUCAGGAUGAUGGAUGUUGCGCUUUAUGUUUUCUCAAUAACAAGCUGCAUUUUUUUUGUCUCUUUAACUUCAAGAGAAACUGGAGGAACGACUGUUUGUAGCUGUUAUAAGUCGUAACAGGAACUUACUCGUCUGCAAUAUUAAAUGCAACUAUAAGUGGAUAAAAGUGAUUGGAAAAUUGUUGUAUAAGCGGGAAAAUACACUUUGGGACGUGCUGUAAUUGGAAAAUAAUCAACCUUGGGGUGAUAACAGUAGUUGGGCUGUGUAACACUACAUUUCAUCAGUUAAUUUCCUACAACAGUAUGCACUGAUGUAUUUUAUUCCUUAAGGCCCGUUCACACCAAGAAUGAUAACUAUAACUAUAUAGCGGAAUGAUAUCGAUGGGAUCACUUUCAGAAUGAUAUUUUCCAGCUGAUAAACAAUAAAACACUGACAACCAAUCAGAAACCAUUUUGAAUUUAAAGCGUUCGUGCAUUUACAAUGGCAGACGACAUUGCGGAGAAGCUAAUCGCUGAGGUCGAAAAAAAACCCUCCACUGUUUGACAAGUCAAACCCCCUUUACAAAGAUACUUUAAAGAAAACUGAUAUAUGGAAAACAAUCGGUUAUACCCUUGGAAUGAAUGGUGAGAAAUAUUAACAGAGAUGAGAUCAUAAUGCCAGGCUAGCAAACAAAAUUACCUCAAGUAUCCAGCGCUAGUUUCGACAACAUUGUCCUGCUCACUUUGAAAUCUGCAGUGAAAAAGACUAGGUGUUGUUUUUAUUCCACUACAUUGACUACGUUAGCUAAAUUCACUGUCUAGGUAGAUUGUCUUCUUUCACGAUGUCCAGGACGCCUUGAAACUGAGAUUGACUCAUACGGAAGUAUGAAUAAAAAUUGUCUUCAAAGACAACAACUCUCUAAUCAGAGUGACAGAUUCUCCCAACUCCUCUCGUCUUCGAAGGAUAUCACGUACCAAAAAGCGUCUGGUUUUCCUUUGAUGUUUUUGUGUAACAUAAAUCAGCAGCAGGUCAUCUACAUCCAUUUUCACUUUAAAACCACAGCGCUACAGCUAAACCGUCUGUUUUAUCGUUCGUUAGUAAGGACGCAAAUAUAGUUAUCGUUAUUGUUAUAGUUCUCGUUAUUGUCCUUGGUGUGAACGUGCCUUUACACUAUUAGCUACAGAUUUUAUAUUUAUUUUGGAUGAAAUUUUCUGAUUUCACUGCAACCCUUCCUGAUUGAAAAUCAAGCUCAGCUUUCCCCUGCAUCACAGACACACAAAUGAGAGCACGGCCUUCUAUUGUAACUCCAUGCUACUGGAUCUGUGCUACUCAGAGCCAUGUGACACCAGUAGCUCGGGUAACAGGCACCGUGGAAACGCUUGAGAGUUCCACUCGCUGAUUCUGCCACCUGAGGAGCAUGGCGUCUCCGAAUACGAGGCAUUUCAGCUCAACUCCCUCACCCAGAAUCCUGCAGCUCGCUCGGCCCCGAGAAUCUAAAACAGUUUGGCUCACAACUCCACAGAAGGUGACUUGGGGCAACCAGGAGACAAUAUGGUCGCCGUCCAGGACAGCAUUAAUAGCCGUACCAACAACAAGGAUUCUGGCUCUGUCGCAACCCAAAAAAGAUUUGUCUGCCCUCAGUCAAGACCUGCUUAGGAAAAAGCACGAGGGGAUUGAAGAAGCAAAGAAGAGGAGCGCGUGUGUUCCUUCCAGUACAGCACAGUACGAACAUGUCGCGCGCCUGGCAACUCCAAAUGUUCGUCACAGGAGCUCCCAGGCAGUGAGCCCCCCUCAUACAAAGCAAUGUGAGCACAGUUGUCCCGUGUGGCACAUCAGCCCUGUGGUGCAGAAUGCUGUGGCCUCUCCACGCAUUCUCCAGCUUGCUCAGCCCAGACACACACACCCUGAGUACAAGAGCAACCGCCAGGUAGAAACAUGCAUCUCGUGUGCAGCUAAAUCAGCUCAGGCGAGUCCGAGGCUUGAGCAGCUUUGUGUGCCCAAAGUGCGAGAGAGCAAAGUUUUCUACCAGCUUGGCCAUCCUGAGAGCACCAUCAGGCCUGUGUCUAAAGGAGCAAGAAAAGCCACAGCAAGCGCUCGCGUGAGAGAGCUCUCGAUCCCAAAGAGCUAUAUCCCUCCCUGAAAAAAGAACUAAAGAGACAGAGACCUCAUAAUCAGCAGCGUUACUGUCAUAGUUAAAGAACAGAGAGAGUGAAAACAAAAAUAACAGAUGGACUUAAUAAAUGACCACAUUAAGAAGCAUAUAAAAGGGUUUCCAUAUUUUUCUUUUCUUUUCUCUUUUGUGCUUUUGCUGUCUGUAGGCCUCAGACUUUACCUUGGAACGUUUCAGUCUGAAAUGGGAAAGGUUGUGUUAUUUUAAGCAAAAUGCCAGAAUGGUAAACACAGCAAACAGGAGAACUUUUCUCAGUCGAUCAGUGUGUCUUUUGUGUGUUUUUCACAUCAGUUCACACAGCUUUAGUUUUGGUUACGAAACAAGAAUGAAGAGUCGGUGUGUGGGGGGAAAAACGUUGCAACUCAAACACAGACCUUCUUUAAUAACUUUACAGAGUAAACUGCUUCUGUGUGUGAAUGUUGAUCCCAAUGACAUUUCUGAAUGUGAUAUAAGUAAGGAAUAAAAGAGGACGGGUCAUACUGUUGUAGGAAAGUAAUCAAUGACAGGGUGGUGCGAUGCAGCCAAUGUGAAGAGUUUUAUUCCUCCCAUACCACAGCAAUUUGUCAACACUAACAAUUUCUUUGAUUCAUUAUAGAACAUGUUGUACAUUUAUCCAUUUAUAGCUACACUGGAGACUCCUUUUAAAACUGCUAAAUAAACAUCUCCUCACAGAGAACAUCAAAUCAGCAAUUACACAAUUUAAAAAAUAAAAUAAAAUCUCUUUACUUGGCACAUACACCAUACAAAUUCUGUCAGAGUUGCUAUUGUAGAAAAUUAAUCAACACCCUCUGACCAGUCAGAAUCAUUUUGCCUCCACCUAUUUGUUUUGGAUUAUUUCCUUAAUUCCUAAGGCAAGUUUUUUCCCCCCCAGUUAUUUUGUCUUUCACUUCAUGGUCAUAUGGUUUUGUGUAAUUGUAUAAUCUAUUUUCUUCCAUUUGUUUUUAGUGUUUAAAAUAAACAACAACAGUACCAAUGACUAUAAUUACAGAUUGUAUUUACAUUUUAUUAAGACAAUAUUAAACAUUAUUUCUAGCUUUGAUUCUAACAUUUAGGCUGUAUGUUGUAAAAGGUUUACAUUAGACAAACGUUAUAAA